UCACUACACACACUUGGAGAGAUUAGCGCGCAGGCAGCGGUAAUCUGGUUUCAGGACCACGGCCAGAGACACCGUUUGGCCACGAAUCCUCUCGAAAGUUGCUUUCAGCGCGCUCUGAACCUUAACGGAGACCAAACGAGUGUGAGGAAGUUCAUUUGGACAUUAAUUUAAGAACUCUGGGAAAAAGAGGGACAGACAAUGUUUGCUCGGUUGAAUUCAUACAAAGGCAGUUGACGCAGAUUAAAUCUCAGUGUCGCUGACUACAGAUUCCGGUGCACAGGAAACUGCGGGCUAAGAAGUCUAGCGAUCAAGUCAAAUCAAGUUUUUUCUUUUUUUUUUUUAUGUGUGAGUGACAAGAACAGGGCGGAGGGAGUAGAGGAGAAGGCUGUGCGCUCAAUCGGGAGCGUGCAAAUAGUGCACAUUGGUCGGAUCCAGGAGUCGCGAGGAUGGAGAUCCGGCCGGACAGGUUUAAAGUCGUGGCAGCCAAGACUCUCGGGAAAAUAUACGGAGCUCUUGAGAAGAAGCAAGAAAAUGGCGAGACCAUCGAGCUGUCGGCGGAGGGCCGGCCGGAGCUGGUGGAGGAGAAGGAGAUACCCGUGGUGGACUGCACAUGCUUCGGCCUGCCCCGGCGCUACAUCAUCGCCAUCCUCUCAGGCUUUGGCUUCUGUAUCUCCUUUGGUAUCCGAUGUAACUUGGGCGUGGCCAUCGUCAGCAUGGUCAACAGCCACACCGUCUUUAGAGACAACAAGGAGGUCAUAGUGAAAGCUCAGUUUGACUGGGAUCCAGAAACAGUGGGAAUGAUUCACGGGUCCUUCUUCUGGGGAUACAUAGUAACCCAAAUCCCAGGAGGGUUCAUCUGUCAAAAGUUUGCAGCAAACAGAGUGUUUGGUUUUGCUAUAGUUGCCACGUCUUUCCUGAACAUGCUCAUCCCUGCUGCAGCACGGAUGCACUUUGGCUGUGUUAUCCUUGUCAGAAUAUGUCAAGGACUUGUGGAGGGGGUUUCAUAUCCAGCCUGUCACGGCAUUUGGGCAAAAUGGGCCCCACCUCUUGAAAGAAGUCGCCUGGCCACGACAGCCUUUUGUGGUUCUUAUGCUGGGGCUGUGAUUGCCAUGCCAUUAGCUGGAAUCCUGGUCCAGUACACAGGAUGGUCAUCAGUCUUCUAUGUCUACGGAACCUUUGGGAUCCUGUGGUAUUGCUUCUGGUUCCUGGUGUCUUAUGAAAGUCCAGCAGCCCAUCCCACCAUCACUGAGGAGGAGAGAACUUAUAUUGAGGAAAGCAUUGGAGAGUCGUCCCAACAUGCGAUCACGAAAUUCAACACGCCGUGGAGGGCCUUCUUCACGUCCAUGCCAGUGUAUGCCAUCAUUGUGGCAAAUUUCUGCAGAAGUUGGACUUUCUACUUGCUUCUCAUCAGCCAGCCCGCAUACUUCGAAGAGGUGUUUGGGUUUGAGAUCAGCAAGGUGGGCAUGGUUUCUGCACUUCCCCACCUUGUCAUGACCAUCAUCGUGCCCAUUGGUGGCCAGCUUGCUGACUAUCUGCGCUCCAACCAAAUCAUGACCACCACUAACGUCAGGAAACUUAUGAACUGUGGAGGGUUCGGGAUGGAGGCAACCCUGCUGCUGGUGGUGGGCUUCUCUCAUACAAAAGUUGUUGCAAUCACAUUCCUGGUCCUGGCUGUGGGUUUCUCUGGCUUUGCAAUUUCAGGUUUCAAUGUCAACCACCUGGACAUUGCACCACGAUAUGCUAGUAUCCUCAUGGGUAUCUCCAACGGUGUAGGCACUUUGUCUGGCAUGGUUUGCCCACUUAUUGUUGGCGCAAUGACGAAGCAUAAGACGCGGGAGGAGUGGCAGGGAGUGUUUCUUAUCGCUUCCCUUGUUCAUUAUGGAGGUGUUAUAUUCUAUGGCCUCUUUGCAUCUGGAGAGAAGCAAGCUUGGGCAGAGCCGGAGCAGCUGAGUAAUGAGAAAUGUGGCAUCCUGGAUGAGGACGAGCUCGCAAACGAGACAGAGGAGCUGUAUCGCACAAGCGGUGGGGGAGGCUACGGAGCCAUGAACCAGGGAGCAGAUCCCAACGGAGCCGGAGGCAUGGGGGGAGGAGGAGGCUGGGUCUCAGACUGGGACAAAACUGAGGAGUAUGUCCAACCAGGAACCAAUAAUUACAGGGGCCGAGAGUUAACAUAAAACCUGCAGAUCUCCUGCACAUAGCCUUCAGUGAGGCAGAAACAGUACAUCAACAGCGUGGAGCGUCACCCGAUGGCACGAAGAACUUUGAAAGUGUGGAUUAAAAUGUGAAUGCGGGAGCGGACCAUUUUUCAGCAAGUCUGACUAUAUUAUCAUAACUGAACUGAAUCCAAAGAGACUCCACAGUGGAGGUGAAGACAUUAGUAAAUGUAAAAUGUGUGUUUGUGUGUGCAAUUGUGUACCUUGUGUGACAGACAACCUAAGUAAGAGUGUAUUAGGACUCAUCACCCUCCCUGCAAUAUUCCUCGGAGGACGGUUGUGUUUUAGGCCUGCUGUGGCUUUCUUUGGUGUUUAUUCACUGUAAUAUUUGUAGACAUUUCCAUAUAUUAUCUGACAGGAUUUCAUUUGUAUGCCUCUCACUUAAAUAGUUACAAAUCCUUUGGCGCACUUCUGUAUUUGGUAAAAAAACUAUUGAGUUUUAAAUCAAAUCAUAUAUUGUUGGAGAACUUCGGCAACCCAAAAGUAUUCCCCUCCACUGAAGUUAAAACGGGUCAAAUCACCUGAACUGGUUUUCUACAUGGUCUUCAGACCAUGAAAGCUUUUUCUCCUAAAACCAAUGUUAAGUCUUGCCCUUAAUGUGCACACUUUUAAAAGCAUGUUACUUGUGCCAAUACAACAAACAUAUUUUGCUCUGUAGUAUUGGUUUACUCAUCCACUAAGAAAAUAAUUGAACACCUGCAAAUAAUACUGUACACAGCUUUCUGUGAAGUCUAAAUAGCCCAUACUGAUAUUUUUAGAUGCAGCAUCUUGUGCAAAAAUGUUUCAUGUACUAGGCCUCGAACCUGUCUGCCUGCUGACAAACUGGGGAAUAAAAAAUGCCUCGUAUGACACUAGAGGCGAUGCUAUUUCCCAGGGUAGUUUAAAGACACUUUUAUCGGGUCUCUUUGAGACUGUUUUCUUCCAAUUGUCCAAUAUCAGAAUUUGGUUCAAUAUGAAUUACUUGUAAUAUAUUCUUCAUUGAUUUGAUUUUUAUGUUAAUGUUGUGUGCAAGCAAAUUCAUGCACUAAGUGUAAACAUCAGCAUAUAACCUAAGAUCCCCCACACACGCCAGUGUCUGCUCUCCGUCACAUUGGUAAGGCACAAAAAAAACCCUGAGCCGAGACUGUUGUGUGGUGCCGGUUAUGUAGCAUAUGUCGAAACAAAAAAUUGUGCAAAUAAAUGUUAGUCCCGUUGAGCCAUUACGUAGAUCUCAAUCAGUCAAUCUUGUUUAAAAGUGGACUUUCAUUAUACCUUUCGCUUUAUUUUAUAGUGCAGCAAGUUGAAGAUAUGUUAAAAGAUCAGUAAACUGACUGAUCACGGUAUUGAUAACAAUACAAUGACACUUCACUGUACAUUUGUUUUACUUUUGUCAGUAGAUGUUUAAAUGUAUCUAGCUAGCCCCAAAAUGAAGGUUAAGGACUAAAAAAAAUGUCAGUGUGUUAGAUCAUGGAAAGGUAUCUUUUUGGCUGAUACGGUUUCAUAGAGUGGAGUUCACUGAUAGAUUAAAUAGCCUAAUAAAUGUUAGGGUUUUUACUGUUUUGUCAUUUUUCAUUUAUUUCCUUGUUAAAUGUUUUGUUCUGGAUUGUUAACUAAAAUUGUAUGUGUAAAAAUCAUGUACAUGUAUUGUAUAAUAAAACCUAGAGGUGAUAAUUCCUGCACAAUAA